AUGUUUCUCUUUAUUGAAAAGAAAAUACGUGAAGGUUUAAGUCAGGUCUGCUCAAAAAGAAGAGCCCAUACAAGCAACAAGUACUUACCCUACUAUGUGUCAAACCCGUCCAACUAUUUGAUGCACUAUGAUGUUAACAAUCAGUAUGGAUGGGCGAUGUCGCAAUAUCUACCUUAUGGAGAUUUCAAAUGGGUGGAUACUAAUAUUGAUAUUAUGUCAAUACAUGAUCAUUCCCCUGAAGGGUAUAUUUUAGAAGUUGACUUAGAAUAUCCGAAAGAACUUCACAAUGUUCAUCAGGAUUUACCCUUUUUACCUGAACAUCUUAAUCCUGCAACUUUGAGACCAUGUGCGAAGAAAUUUAAAUUAAUGGCAACAUUACAAAACAAAGACAAAUACGUGAUCUACUAUAGAAAUUUAAAACAGGCAAUAAAAUAUUGA